CAACGGUCAUGUCAGAAGACCUUCCACCACCAUACACCCCAGCUACUACAGCACCACCCAUCUGGGAACCUCACUUUAUAGAUCUAACCCAAUAUUCCUCUCUUAUUGUUCGCAAGCCCCUGGAUCCUCCACCUGACUGCUUCUCCACUCCGUCACCUCCAAGAGUGAAAUCUAACGAUUUCCCUCCAUUCAGAAUCCCCUGCGUUGGAAACAACCUCGCAGAUGGUUUUCGCAUUCUUUAUCCCUCGGGUCUACUUGAGAAACAUGGCAUUCAACAGGCAGACUGGACUCGCUUUCUAGAGGAUCUUGGAGUCUCUGCUCGUCUGGCGGGUCAGGGACUUAGCGCAGUUGGUUCUCGUGUUCCCAUAACACCACACCCAGUCCGUGGUAUAUUUGGCACAAGAGCAACUGGGGUCGCAUAUGACUCUCAGUUUGCGAGAAGCCCUAGGGAUGAGGUGCAGACACUCAUUACCGUUUGGAAUCAGUCUGCGUUUGAACGACGCAAAUUACGUGUCACUCUGCACAUCACAGGAGGGCUGGAUAACAGGGCCGCUUACGAGCUUUUUGUCGAGUCUCUUUGAAAUGCUUAUGAUAACCUUUAUCCAUAUCACCAGAAAUCCUUUACAUUUCAGCAUCGGGUGUAACACACGUUAUAUGUACGUUCGUGUCCACACUUGAUCAUCCUCGCACAACUUUUGCAAUCUGAUUCACGCUACUUUAUGAACAAAUUGUCUUUGAAG